AUGGAUAAACUUGAGAAGAAGGAACUGGACCUGGGUAUGGGCAACGGCGGUAGCGGCAAGGAAAAUGAUGUUGUAUCGGACAGCUCGUUAGAGGCCUCGCCGGCGCUGGGGUUCUGGACACGCAUGGGCUGUACCCCGGAGUCUUUCAAGCAGCGGACACUUCAGGACAGGCACAACCAGUUUAACCAGACGCUGAAGUCCCGGCAUCUGCAUAUGAUUGCCAUAGGCGGUAGCAUUGGUGCUGGCUUGUUUGUUGGCUCAGGUUCUGCUUUGCGAGCUGGCGGUCCAGGAGCAUUGGUUAUCGACUUUGCAAUUGCGGGAAUGAUGAUGUUUAACGUCGUUCAUGCGCUCGGCGAGCUUGCGGUUCUAUAUCCCAUAUCUGGUGGUUUCUAUACAUAUUCCACUCGGUUUAUCGAUCCUUCUUGGGGGUUUGCAAUGGGCUGGAACUACAUAUUCCAAUGGGCUAUUAUAUUGCCGCUUGAACUCACGGUUGCUGCCCUGACCAUCGGAUAUUGGCAAGUCAAUGUUAGCGUAGCGGUCUGGAUUACCGUUUUCAUCGUCGGCAUUAUCAUUAUCAACCUCUUUGGCGUCCUGGGCUACGGCGAAGAAGAGUUUUGGGCCAGUAGUUUGAAGCUGGUGGCAAUAGUAAUAUUCAUGAUUAUAGCCCUAGUAUGCGUUCUGGGGGGUGGUCCAUCACACGGCAAAUACAGCGAAUAUUGGGGUGCCAGGCUUUGGCAAGACCCAGGGGCUUUUGCCAAUGGUUUCAAAGGUGUUUGUGCCGUCUUCGUUACCGCGGCCUUUUCUUUCUCAGGAACGGAGCUUGUUGGAUUAGCAGCAGCCGAAUCGAAAACGCCGCUCAAGUCCCUCCCGUCAGCAGUGAAACAAGUGUUCUGGCGUAUCAUUCUGUUUUAUAUCCUUUCUCUUGUGUUCGUUGGCCUCCUGGUGCCAUAUACUGAGAAACGUCUCCUCGGUAGUGGCAGUCUUAUUGAUGUGGCGGCGUCUCCCAUGGUUAUCAUUGCAAAAGACGCUGGUCUCAUGGGCUUUGACAGUUUCCUCAACGUCGUCAUUCUGGUUUCUGUGCUAUCAAUUGGGAACUCAGGUGUAUACGGCGGCUCGAGAACUCUGACAGCGCUGGCUGAGCAGGGCUAUGCGCCUAAGAUAUUCCGUUAUGUUGACAGAGCUGGAAGACCGCUUGUUUCUACAGUUGCCAUGAUUCUUGUCAGCUUUCUUGCUUAUAUCAAUAUCACAGCCAGUGGUGAAGAGAUUUUCGGCUGGCUGCUUGCUCUCUCUGGCCUGGCAUCACUCUUUACCUGGGGAAGCAUAUGCUACUCACAUAUCCGAUUUCGCGCUGCAUGGAAGCUCCAGGGGCACACCCUCGAUGAAAUACCGUUUAAGGCUGCUUUUGGCGUCUGGGGGUCAUGGUUCGGCCUUAUAAUGGUUGGCCUUGUGUUCAUUGCCCAGUUUUACACUGCCGUCUGGCCACUUGGUGGAGGCGUGAAUGACGCCAAAGGUUUCUUCAAGACCUAUCUGGCUGUUCCCGUUGUUAUUCUAUUUUGGCUAUGUGCGCAUAUCUGGAAACGCAAAGGGUGGCUGAAACUCCGAGACGUUGACGUCGACGCGGGACGUCGUGAGAUCGACUGGGAGGCCCAUAACCAAGUCAUGGAGAAGAGAAGAAAUGCUUCUCCUUUGAUGAGAAUCGUCUAUUUCCUUUUUUAA